CUUUCUUCUGGUCGUCAAACUCUCAGCAGCUUUCUCCCUCUGUCUCCCCCAUGGCGAACCCCACGGAAAACCUCGACCCGAAUCCCACAACCCGAGAACCCGAACCCGAACUAGAAGAACUAAACAACGAAGACGAAGUAGAAUCAGAAGACGAAUACGACGACUUAGAAGAAGAAGAAGAAGAAGAAGACGAAGAUGACGACACAAUCUCCACCCCUCAAUCUCUCAAAACGCGAUCCACCACCUCCAAGACCAAAACCGAAUCUCUCUUCCUUCGCAUGAGAUCCGCUCCCGUGCCAGUACGCGUCCACGACGUGAUCGUCAAGGGGAACACGAAGACCAAGGACCAUAUCAUCGAGGCGGAAGUUGAUGCUGUGAGAGAGGCCAACACGUUGCAGGAGCUUCUGGAAGCUUCUAGGGUUGCUAAUUCGAAUCUACGAGCGUUAGAUAUCUUCGAUUCGGUUAAUGUCACGCUUGAUUCGGGGCCUCCGGAGCUUCCUGGGACUACUAAUGUGAUUAUUGAAGUUGUGGAGAGUAAAAGCCCUCUCACUGGGCAGAUUGGGGCUUACACUAGAGCUGAGGCUAAAUCGUCAAGUGUUGAAGCAUCUUUGAAGUAUAAGAACAUUUUUGGGUAUGGAGAUAUCUGGGACGGGUCUAUAGUUUAUGGAUGUGACAACUCUGCUGAGGUUGGCUUGGGGAUGUAUUUGCCGAGGUUCAAAGGACUUCCUACUCCUUUUAGUUCCCGUCUUUACCUUUCCACUCAAGACUGGCUGCAGUUUUCUUCUUACAAAGAACGAUCGCUCGGACUUUCUCUCGGGCUUCUCUCGAGCAAGUAUCACGAGCUUGUUUAUACUGUCGCGUGGCGUAACUUGAUAGACCCGUCCAGAUCUGCCUCGAAAUCAAUAAGGAGGCAACUGGGACAUAGUCUGCUCUCUGCAUUGAAGUAUACUUUUAAAUAUGACCAGAGAGACUCGUACUUGAGGCCAACAAGUGGAUAUGCGUUCAGUUCUACUUCUCAGAUUGGUGGUCUUGCUCCUGAUAGCCGAAGUCUACGCUUUUUGAAGCAGGAUAUUGAUCUUCGGUAUGCUGUUCCUCUCGGGUUUUACAACACUGCUCUAAACUUUGGCGUCUCUGGAGGUGUCACAUUCCCAUGGGGAAGUGGAUACCAAACCCGCCCUUCAUCUAUCCCAGAGAGGUUCUUCUUGGGUGGCAAUUCAUCUCCUGUAUGCUCUUUAAGUGGGCCAUCUGCGCUAUGGGGAUUCAAGACCAGAGGACUUGGUCCUAACGAGCCAAAGAGGAAAGGUGAUGAUGAAAGAGAUUUCAUUGGAGGAGAUGCUGCUGUAACUGCAUUUGCGGAUCUCUCGUUUGAUUUGCCAUUGAGAUGGUUAAGAGAGAGAGGAGUGCACGGACAUGUGUUUGCUUGUGCAGGGAAUAUGGCAAAACUGUCAGAGAAUGAGUUUAGAAACAUAACUGUUCCAAAAUUGUUGGAGACGUGUAGAACAUCAGUUGGUGCUGGAAUCGUGUUACCAACUAGUCUUUUCCGUAUGGAGAUUAACUACUGCCAUAUAUUGAAGAAGCAAGAACACGAUCGAGCCAAAUCUGGAUUUUUCUUGACAUUCUCGGCCUGAUGAAUUUUAGUUCAAGAAGGUACUUUAUGAUAUGACCUCUUUUCUUUUUUUGUAAGCUUUUCUGCAAUGCCUGUCAGAAUCUUUGGUUUCAAGGCAUAUCUUAUUUCAUUGUUGAAACUAAAUUGUUUUGUAAGAGUUGAUUUUUUUUUGGGUCAUGUUUUGCAUGGAGUUCUCAUUUUUUGAUUCACGAGAAAUAAAGAGGAAGAAUAUUUGUUCGC